AUGGUCUCUAGCCUGCUUCCAAACCCGCCCUCGGCUGAGUGCUGGGCAGCACUUCUACAUGAUCCUAUGACGCUUGAUAUGGACGCAGUCCUGUCAGACUUUGUUCGGUCCACGGGGGCAGAACCUGGUCUGGCCAGAGACCUGCUGGAAGGUAAAAACUGGGACCUGACAGCUGCCCUAAGCGACUAUGAGCAACUCCGACAGGUGCACACAGCCAACCUGCCACAUGUGUUCAACGAAGGGAGGUGUGCCAAGCAGCCUGAGCGAGAAUUGCCUCAGCCUGGGCACAAAGUGGAGCGGCCUUGCCUGCAGAGGCAGGACGAUAUUGCCCAAGAGAAGCGCCUGUCCCGGGGGAUCUCCCAUGCCAGCUCAGCCAUUGUCUCCCUGGCCCGAUCCCACGUGGCAAAUGAAUGCAACAAUGAGCAGUUCCCACUGGAGAUGCCCAUCUAUACAUUCCAGCUGCCGGACCUGAGCGUGUACAGUGAGGACUUCAGGAGCUUCAUCGAACGGGACCUGAUUGAGCAGGCUACUAUGGUAGCUCUGGAGCAAGCAGGUCGCCUGAACUGGUGGUCUACUGUGUGCACGAGCUGUAAAAGGCUUCUUCCUUUGGCCACGACAGGGGAUGGGAACUGCCUCUUACAUGCCGCCUCACUAGGAAUGUGGGGCUUUCAUGACCGGGACCUGGUUUUGCGGAAAGCUCUCUACACCAUGAUGAGGACAGGUGCUGAGCGGGAAGCCCUGAAGCGGAGGUGGAGGUGGCAGCAGACACAGCAAAACAAGGAGGAGGAAUGGGAACGAGAGUGGACAGAGCUGCUAAAACUGGCCUCCAGCGAGCCUCGCACACACUUCAGCAAGAACGGCAGCGGCACGGGUGGUGGUGUGGACAACUCUGAGGACCCUGUAUAUGAAAGCCUGGAAGAGUUCCAUGUCUUCGUCCUAGCCCACAUACUACGGAGACCCAUCGUGGUGGUGGCAGACACCAUGCUAAGAGACUCUGGUGGAGAAGCAUUUGCACCCAUCCCAUUUGGAGGGAUCUACCUGCCCUUGGAGGUCCCUCCUAACAGGUGCCACUGCUCACCCCUGGUUCUGGCCUACGAUCAAGCGCACUUCUCAGCCCUAGUGUCCAUGGAACAGAGAGACCAACAGAGAGAACAAGCUGUGAUCCCUCUGACGGAUUCAGAACACAAGCUGCUGCCCUUGCACUUUGCAGUGGACCCAGGAAAGGACUGGGAGUGGGGGAAAGAUGACAAUGACAAUGCCCGGCUAGCCAACCUCAUCCUGUCCCUAGAAGCCAAGCUGAACCUUCUACACAGCUACAUGAAUGUGACGUGGAUCCGCAUCCCCUCCGAGACCCGGGCUCCCCUUGCACAGCCAGAGUCCCCAACGGCCUCAGCCGGGGAGGAUGUACAGUCCCUGGCGGAAUCGCUGGACUCGGACCGCGAUUCUGUGUGCAGCAAUUCCAACAGCAAUAAUGGCAAGAAUGGUAAGGACAAGGAGAAGGAGAAACAGCGCAAGGACAAGGACAAGACGCGCGCCGACUCCGUAGCGAACAAGCUGGGCAGCUUCAGCAAGACGCUGGGCAUCAAGCUGAAGAAAAACAUGGGCGGGCUAGGAGGCCUGGUGCACGGUAAGAUGGGUCGUGCCAACUCUGCCAAUGGCAAAAACGGCGACAGCGCCGAGCGCAGCAAGGAGAAAAAGUCCAAGUCGCGCAAGGGCAGCAAAGAGGAAUCGGGAGCGUCAGCUAGCACCUCGCCGUCGGAGAAGACCACGCCGUCGCCCACGGACAAGGCGGCGGGAGCGUCGCCGGCCGACAAGGGCAGUGGGUCAAGGGGCGAUGCCUGGAAGUACAGCACGGACGUAAAGCUGAGCCUCAACAUCCUGCGCGCCGCCAUGCAAGGCGAGCGCAAAUUCAUCUUCGCCGGCCUGCUGCUCACCAGCCACCGGCACCAGUUCCACGAGGAGAUGAUCGGCUACUACCUGACCAGCGCGCAGGAGCGCUUCAGCGCGGAGCAAGAACAGCGGCGGCGGGACGCAGCGGCCGCAGCUGCCGCAGCAGCCACUGCAGCCACCGCCACCACCACGGCCAAGCGGCCGGCGCGCAGGUCAGAGGCCGAGGGGGCGCCGGGCCCGGAGCGCGCCUCGCCGGGUCCGCCAGCCGCGCCGCCCACGCAGCUGGUGCUCAAGCUCAAGCCCGCGCGCCAGAGCGUCAUCCACGUGCAGGCGGCGGCCCGGGACGAGGCGUGCGCGCCGACCGUGGGCGCGCUGCGGCCGUGCGCCACGUACCCGCAGCAGAACCGCUCGCUGUGGUCGCAGAGCUACAGCCCAGCGCGCAGCGCGCUACGCACGGUCAACACCGUGGAGUCGCUGGCGCCCGGCGGAGGGGACGCCCCGGGGCCCGCGGAGCACAAGUCGCAGACCUACAGCAACGGCUUCGGCGCAGCCCGCGACGGGCUGGAGUUCGCCGACGCCGACGUGCCGGCCACGCGCUCGAACGCUGAGGGCGGCCGCGGUGGUCCGGGGCCCGCGCAGCGGCGCUGCCAACGGGAGAACUGCGCGUUCUACGGGCGCGCGGAGACCGAGCACUUCUGCUCUUACUGCUACCGAGAGGAGCUGCGGCGGCGGCGCGAGGCGCGCGCGGCGCGACCCUGA